AUGUCCUCUCCCGCUGUUAGCAAAGCUCCCCCGAAGCUAGGAUCAAAAGCCGGAACGCCCGCCAAGGCACGCAAGGCAUCCGGUUCUAGCGCAGCAUCGAAACCCGGUGUUUCCGAUAGCCCGAAGUCUCUGAAUAAGCCGUCGCCUGCCCGCAAGCUUACGCCGAAGGCUCCCAAACCAAUCGAGGACGAAAUCGAUGAGGAAUCAAUCCCUGAGACGCCUUCCCCGAAGUCCAAGAAGAAGAUACCUUCCGCAGAGCAACGUCGCCCGAUCUCCCCGCCCGAUGACACUGUCUCCCAAGCCUCUGGCUCCGCUGCUCCCCCUCGGGCCAAGGGCUUCGCAGGAAAGGCAAAAGACACCGUCCAGAAUGGAGUCGAGACCGUCGCUAGCAAGCUACCGCUGAGCCUUUCCGCCUUGAAGGGCCUCGUGGUCUCGGAAGGAGGCAAGAUUGUCGGUGAUAGCGGUAACCCUGUGGGUGAAGUUGUGGAAGGUGACCCCGAGGAUCUGGUCGGCCAAACCGUUGGGGAUGACGGGGAGAUUGUGGAUGAAGACGGUGAUUUGAUUGGCCGCGUGGAUAUCUUGCAUGAUGUCGCUGAGCAAGCUAGAGGCCUCCCCGAGGAUGCGCAAUCUCAUCUCGACGAGGCUCAGAAUGUGGUCACUGACCUGGCUCAACUCGAGGGCCUGCCUGUCUCAGACGGCGGCGUGAUCAAGAAUGCCGCUGGUCAGAUCGUCGGCCGGAUUGUGGAAGGCGACCCCGAGGACCUGAUCGGAUAUACGCUCAAUGACGACGGCGAAAUUGUUGAUGACGAGGGUGAUGCAAUUGGCCGGGUUGAGCUGCUGUCUAUCGAGGAGCAGCAGAAAGCCAUCGAAGAUACCAUCGGCGAGGCAGGUGAACGAGUAGAAGGCGCCAAGGAGGAAUUUGACGACAACUUUGAGGAUGCUCAAGAUGGUCUACCGGUCGACGAAGCCAAGGAUGCCGUGGAGGAUGUUGGCGAUCAGGCUGAAGAUGUGGCGGAUGACCUCGAUGCCGAAGUUCCUGAUGCUGCGGAGCAGGCCAAGUCGACUGUCGAUGAUGCUGUUGACCAGGCCGGAGAUGCCGCUGACGUUGCUGAUGUCGCUAAAGGCGCUGAUGUCGCUGAAGGCGCUGAUGUCGCUGAAGGCGCUGUGCCAGAUGUGGAUGAAGUUGGGGCCGCUGAAAGUGCAGUUGAAGGUGUAGAAGACGCCGCUGAAGACGUGCAAGAUGCCGCCGAGGAUGCCGCCGAAGAGGUCCAGCAACGAAUUCCCGACCUUGAUACCCUCGAAGGCCUCACAUGCAACAAGCGCGGCUAUGUCAUUGAUCAGGCCACCGGCAAGCCUGUCGGCGAACUCAUCGAAGGUGACCCUAAGAAGGUCUCCCGACUCGGCGCCAAGCUGGACGAGAAGGGUCAAUUCUGGGAUAACCGCGGCAAUAUCAUCGGCAAAGUCAAGGCUCUCCCCGUCGAAGAUGAGAAGGACGAAGAAGGUCCCUUCGCGGGCCUUGAAGGUCUCGUCGUUGGUCAAGAUGGGUGGAUUGAAGAUGAGAAUGAAACCCGUGUUGGCAAGCUCAUCGAAGGCGACGCGAAGAAGCUCCUUGGUCGCGGUGUUGAUGAGGAUGGGGAGAUUCUUGAUCGCCACGGCAGCGUGAUCGGACGUGCUGAGCGUUAUGAAGAGCCCGAGCCCGAGGAGGAGGAUGUUCCCGAUCUUUCUAUUCUGAACGGCCUCCACUGCAACAAGGCCGGGUAUGUAAUCGGGCCCGAAGGACUACCCAUCGCUCGCGUUGUUGAGGGCAAUCCGAAGGAGCUGGCCGGCAAGAAGAUCGAGGACGGCGAGAUCUAUGACGGUAAGAAGGUGGUUGGUCGCGUUGAGCUCAUCCCGGCGGAGGAGCUUGAGAGCAAGCCUGAAGGACCUUUUGCCGGCAUGGAUAGUCUGGUUGUCACCAAGGAUGGCUUCGUUGAAGACGAUGAUGGUGCCAUUGAUGGCGAGAUCACCGACAAGUACGGUAAUGUCAAGGGUCGCGCCGAGCCUUAUGAGCCUCCGGAAGAGGAGCCUGAGCCCGAGGUCGACCUGUCCAUCCUCGAAGGCAAGGUGGUCAACAAGAGCGGCAACGUCGUUGAUCCAAGUACGGGUGCCGUCUUUGGUCGUAUCGCUGAGGGGGAUGGACGCCGCCUCGCCGGUCGUAAGGUUGACGGCAAGGGCCAAAUUUGGGGUGAUAAUGGUCAAGUCAUUGGCCGCGCCGAGCUGAUCCCUGGUGCUGAGCAGAACAAAGCAGAGGGGCCCUUCUUCGGCUUUGAUAAUGCUCAGGUUGGCAAGGACGGUGUCGUUAUGGACGGCGAUCGCAUCAUUGGACGUCUGAUUGACGGCGAUGCUAAGCGUCUCCUCGGUCGCAGCGUUGACGAGGACGGCGAUAUCGUUGAUAAGAAUGGCAACACCAUCGGCAAGGCCGAGCGUUGGGAGCCCGAAGAGAAGCAACGCGAUGUCAAUCCCAUGUCAGGCCGCAAGGUAACCCGGGAGGGGGAAGUUCGUGAUAUUGACGGCAAUCUGAUCGGCAAGUUGACCUCUGGCAACCUGGCGACCCUGGUCGGGAAGACCAUCGACGACAACGGUUUCGUGGUGGACAAUGAUGGCAACAAGCUUGGCGAAUGUACCCUUCUCGAGAAUAUUCCCGAAGAGGAGCCUGAGCCUGAGGUAGAGGAGCUGUCUCCGGAAGAGAAGGAGGCUCAAGCUAAGGCUGAGCAUGAUCGCGAAUUAGCUGGAAAGAUGUGCAGCAUCCUCGGACAAACGCUGGAGCGCGUGAAACCCGUCUGCAACAUGAUCACCGAGCAUUUGGACAAGGCAGACCGCACCCCCAAGGAUGAACUGGACGAGGAGAAAUUGGUCCAAAACGUGAAGCCCCUGAUCGAGGAAGGCGGCCGUAUUCUGCAGGAGUGCAACGGCGCUAUUCGCGCUCUCGAUCCCGAUGGCCGCAUUGCCGCAACCGCCAAGGCGCGCGCCUCCUCGCGCGACGCCACUCCAGAAGAGUAUCAGUUGGCCGACAUGCUCAAGGAGCUCACCGAGACGGUGGUCAAGACCAUCGAUAAUGGCCGCAAGCGCAUUGCCGAUAUGCCGCACGCCAAGAAGAAGCUCAACCCUCUCUGGUCACUGUUGUCAGAGCCGCUGUUCCAGAUUAUCGCUGCUGUGGGCCUAUUGCUCAAUGGUGUUCUCAGUCUAGUCGGUCGUCUCCUCGAUGGCCUCGGUUUGGGUGGUUUGCUGAACGGUCUCCUCGGUGGACUAGGAUUGGACAAGUUGAUUAAUGGCCUGGGUUUGGGUAGUUUGACCGAUGCGUUGGGUCUGACGGGUAGUAAGUAA